AUGGUCGACGGAAGUUUCCUCGUUCCUUUGUCUCCGCCCAGUUCGCCACACAUGUCUGCGUAUAGCACGACUUCAGCAGACAACGAGUGGCAAUCAUCAGAACUCAGAACUCUGGAGCAUACUCCACCACAUUCAGAUAACGACAUGGCCAUGCUCCAGGCUGAGGUCUCUGGACACAACUUCGACCUGAAGCGACCAUCGAUGCGAACACAUAAGAGCUUUCCUUACUUGCUCGACGGAAAGAGUCACCUAAACAGCGGUAGCAAUACACCAUCCGGACUCGAUGAGAUUGAGCAGCACGACAUCCCGAAUGUAACCUUCGGAGGCUCUGCUCCUACCAGUCCGAUUUCGAGACUUACACCACCUUCUACUAAUGAUGGUGGCAAUGUAGAAAAGCGUGAGGACGAGGACGAUGAUCUCAUCCUAGACGACAAAGACGACUGCGAAGACGACGAGGAAAAGGGUGAAGGUAGACAGCCCAUGACUGCUGCGGAGAUUCGUGCGGCGAAGCGAAAGAUGAAGAGGUUCAGGCUCACUCACAACCAAACUCGAUUUCUCAUGAGCGAGUUUGCCCGUCAAGCCCACCCAGACGCAGCUCAUCGGGAAAGACUAGCACGAGAGAUCCCCGGCCUCAGCCCCCGUCAGGUCCAAGUCUGGUUCCAGAACAGGCGAGCUAAGCUCAAGCGAUUAACAAGUGACGACCGUGAGCGUAUGAUGAGGUCGCGCGCUUUGCCAGACGAUUUCGACAUGGCAUCAGCACUUCACUCUCCCUUUGGUAACUCUCAUGGUCUCGGCACCCCCCUUGCGUCACCUGGCUCUUACAAUCCAAGCUACCCGGAGAGCAACAUGAUGAGACCGUUGAGCAUAGAUACCUUCCGACGAGGACCGCUCGACUCACACAUGUCACCAACUGGCAUCAGCCCUGCUUUUGGUGGCUUCACUUUCACACCGCCUCAAUCAGCAACCGAUGCUAUCUCACCUGUCUCAGCUCACGAGGGAUCACCCUUCGGUUUCCACUCAGCACCGCUCGACACUAGCCCCAGAACAUCGAACCCCUUCUCCAUGCCUGUUAGCAAUCCAACAGCUUAUGCUGCACAACAUAGUAUCCCUCGCCUCUCACUACAUGCCGACCGUAUCGCAAGAAGCCGUGCAGAGUCUCUACAGUCACCUUUGAGGACUAGCAUGAGCUAUACUGGCUCUCAUGACAGCUCCGAUAGCCACGACAGUCGGUCCUACUCAAGCUCAAUGAUGCCCUAUGGUAUUGGAUACUCUUACUCCCCAGUACCAGGCUUCGGAACAUCUAGUGGCAACAGGAUGCGGUCCUUCUCCAACGGCGUUCCCCGGCGCAUCGAGCUGAGCACCCACUACGCCCCUCAACGCAACGGGUCUACACCCCAGACCGCUCACUUCCCCUCCUUCUCUGGUUCACCGCUCGUCACCCCUUCGAGCUACGGAAUGCCUCAAAUGAGUGCACCUCACCACAUGUCCUCGUUUCCAAGCUCAUAUAUGCGGAACGACUCGGCGCACAAUGACUCGUAUUCUGCCGUCGGCUCAGUCCUAGGAGAAGUCAUGGAGAACGCCAGCCAACACAGCGACGACCACCACAAUGAUCAGUACUAA